AUGUCUCGAUUCCGUGUUUAUCUCAUUCUGCAGAUCUUUUCCGCACAGCGAGAGUGCGAUGACUCGAUUCAGGACUGCAUCGCUCUGCUGCGCGUUCCUCGCGAUGCUUUAGGGAUCUCAGCCACUUCCAAAGGAUAUGUGACAGGAAGAUUGUUUUACUAUCCAAAAGAGGAAGGAGUGUGGUACGAUAUGACCAUGGAGAAGCCGCACAGCAUCACCUACGACAUGAUCAACUCCCUGGAAGUGAAAUCAGACGCGCAGUUCAUUCUAGUCGUAGAGAAGGACGGUAUUUUCAAGCGAUUAUACGAAGAUCGAUUCUUCGAUAUUCUUCCCUGUGUGAUAAUCACAGGCCGAGGCUUUCCAGACAUUGCCACACGCGCGUUCACGCACUUCCUCGCUGUUUUCUUCUCUCGUUUGUUUGAUAUAGACACAACUCCAACUCCCAAUCUUCGGAAUCUGCGAUUGGAAUCCGUUCGGCGCUGCGUUACUGAUGACUUACAUUCUUGGAUCAUUGAAUUCAGGAUUGGAAUCUUAUCGUUACUGUGUGUCGAUGCAAUGGGUUGGAUUGCAUGCUGCAGACAUCGAAAGCUUGCAGAUCCCGGAAGUGUCAAAGCAGCCAUUCAGCAAACUGGAUGA